GUAAUCUAAUAUUCUCCUACAUUGGAUAAGGUUUGACUCAAGGAAGUGAAAUUUCGACACCGACAAGACAAUUCCUGACCAGUUCAAGGCUUUCGCUUGCAGAGCUCAGCUGCUGAUUCGCUAUCAUGGAUCAGAAAAACUGUGUAACAUUCAACGAAGCGCUAACCGCGGCCAAGUUUGGUCGAUUCAACUACUUUCUGAUCACGAUCACAGCUGUCAUUUUAACGGCUGGUCUUAUAGAAUGUUUGGGCAUAGGAUAUGUUGUUGCAGUUGCAGACUGUGAUUUGGAGCUUACGACCGGUGAUAAGGGAAUAAUAAGUGGAGUAGCGUAUCUGGGUAUAAUCGCCGGAUCCCAUCUAUGGGGCUUCCUAGCAGACACUCAAGGGCGUCGGAAGGUUAUGAUACCGACAUUGCUGAUUUCGGCUACAUGUUCAAUACUGUCGAGUUUCAUGCCCAACUUCUGGUCGAUCACCGUUUUUCGAUUCUUGACAGGAUUCUUUAUGUCCGGAUCGUCAGCCACAAUCUACGUGUACAUAGGAGAGUUCCACAGUAGUAGAACUAGUCCGAAAGCUAUAAUGGCAGCAGCCGGCCUUUACAGUGCACUCAGCCUUUCGUUUCCGCUUUUUGCAUACCUGAUCAUCAACCAGGAAUGGAAACUAGAUAUGCCCUUAAUUGAUAUUGUAUACCGUCCAUGGCGAUUGUUUUUGGUGUUUUGUGCCGUUCCAAGCUUACUGGGCGCCUUGAGCUUACUUUGGCUGCCAGAAAGCCCGAAAUACAUUUUGAACCAGGAAAGUAGCUCAACCCAAACAAUCGCAAUUGUCGAAAAAGUUCAUCGCAUCAACUCUGGAUCCAAAGCGGCGUCAUUAGGAUUCCAAAAAAUAGUCCACGAUAAUCCGGAGGAACAGCAGUCCCAGGCAUACCUUAAGCACACCAAUGGUGUUCUAGGCUUUUUAAAACUUGUUUGGAAUCAAACAGCACCAUUGUUUAUGAAACCCUAUCUUUGGAAAACACUCUUGGUGUGUACGCUUCAAUUCGGAACUUUCUACACCGGGCAAGGAAGUUUCAUGUUCUUCCCCGGAAUAUUCAACGCCCUGGUGAAAGCAACGGAUGCCGGAGUUGAACGAACCACUGUUUGUGAAGCUAUUUCCGCUGGCGUUUCAUUCAACCAAACCCAACAGAUUGUGUGCAGCCCGAUGCUUGAGAUAGAAACUUAUGGAUUGAACUUUGCGCUGGAAAUCGCCUACACACUCGGUUUCGUAGUAAUAACUUUUAUCAUCAAUCGAGUGACACCAUCACAUAUCCUAGUUUUCGUUUACCUUUGCUGUGGAGCUUCUGCUUUGGCUUUGACUGCACUGAACAUACCAUACGUAAUCAUGGCACUGUACAUGAUCAUGCUUUUACCAGGAUUCAACAUAAGCGUAGCCAGUUCCAUCACAGUCGAUUUAUUCCCGACCAAUCUAAGAGCUAUGGCAGUUGGUAUUUCGCUAAUGUUCGGUCGGCUUGGUAGUGUUUUCGGAUCGAACAUCACGGGCUUUCUGUUGGAUGAUCAUUGUGAGCUGACCUACGCCCUCUCCGGUGGUAUGCUGAUAUUUUGUGCAGUGCUUGCUUUCUUCUGUCCCAAAAGCUCAAAACCCGAACAAACGAGUCAAGAAAAAUAAGUGUUCCGUGUUUGUGAAUGUAUGCAGGUGAUCAGGUAGCUCUUGAGGGUCUCAUACAUUUUUUUCGAUUUCUCCAUGAGGAAAUAACGUACAAAAUUGAAAAAAAAAA